GACAUCGACCCAGGGAGGGAGAGGCGCAGAAUUAUAUGCUAAGCAGUGAAAGGGCACUGCGGGUACCUAGCUGGCAAGAGAGAGAGAGAGAGAGAGAGAGAGAGAGAGAGAGAGAUGGCGACAAAUAAACCUCAAGAAGGAACUGCUGAAGAGGACUAUGGCGUCGAGAUGAUGGUCUCCAUGGAGGCGGAAAGAGGAGGAAGCGGAGGAGGAGGGGAGGAGAACAACAAGGGGGUCGAUCAGGGGGAAGAGGAGGGCGUGGCCGCUCUUCCCGCCGCUUCCAGAGUCGAAGACGACGAGGAAGUCGACAGGGGCCUCGCCACAAGGAUGUUGGGAGGAGUGAAGCAGGGAGUAGAGGCGGCUGCAGUUGCGAAUGAAGUGGGGAGUGGAAGCGGUCGUGCCGCCGGUGGGAAGAAUUCCCCGGCUACUGGUAACAAGAAAGGCCUGCGAAAUUCGUGCGGUCCGCAAAGCCCUUGUGUCGGACUAGUGUAUGAUGAGCGCAUGACUGCACAUUUCGAUCCAACCUGUCCUACACAUCCAGAACGACCGGGGAGGAUCACGCACACGUAUCGCCGGCUGGUGCAGAAGGGGUUAGCGCGGAGAUGCGUGCGUGUCCCUGCUAGGCCGGCCACCAGUGAAGAGCUUCACACUGUGCAUACUGCAGGGCAUACAAAGCUGAUGACAAGUCUCAGCGGGGCGGAGUACGGAGAUAUGGAGAGGCUGCAACUCUCAAUGAAAUACAAUUCCAUCUACUUCAACGAGGGAUCCUCGGGAUGUGCAUUGCUGUCAGCGGGAUCAACGGUGGAGCUUGCAGAAAGGGUUGCCUCUGGAGAAUUGAAAUCGGGAAUUGCAAUCGUUAGGCCGCCAGGUCAUCAUGCAGAAGCCGAUGCAGCGAUGGGGUUCUGUCUCUUCAAUAAUGUCGCGGUCGCUGCCCAUGUUCUUCUUCACUGCAAGCCUAAGCUUGGAAUUAAGAAGGUUCUAAUUGUUGACUGGGACGUUCAUCACGGGAAUGGCACGCAGCAUAUGUUCUGGCAGGACCCGCAGGUGCUUUACUUCUCUGUCCAUAGGUACGACUUUGGGAUGUUCUACCCUUGCUUGGAAGAUGCGGACUUCAAUAAGGUUGGCGAAGGCCCGGGAGCGGGUUAUAAUGUAAAUGUGCCUUGGCCAAAGGGAGGCUUUGGUGAUGCCGAUUAUCUUGCGGCGUGGGACCAAGUGCUGAUGCCGAUAGCUCGUGCGUACGAGCCUGAUAUCGUCCUUGUAUCUGCGGGUUUUGACUCAGCAAUGGGUGAUCCUCUUGGAGGUUGCAUGGUGACCCCCUGUGGGUAUUCGAAUAUGACGCAUCAGCUCUUGGAAUUGGCGAAUGGCAAAGUGGCGAUCAUUCUGGAGGGGGGGUACAACCUGGAGUCCGUUGCUCGAUCGGUCGAAGCAUGCACGUCUGUCCUGUUGGGGAGCCCACCGAAAAGCCUUGAGAAGGUCGGAGCUCCUUCCAGCAUCACACUGGAGGUCCUCGGAAAGGUGAGACGAGAGCUGGCACCUUAUUGGAAUUGCUUGGAGCCUGUGGAACCAGAGUCACCGGUCGAUCAAAAUUUAUCAGGGCUUCGAGAAUUAGAGGCAGAAAUGGAGAGAAUGGUGUUGGCAUGCAUGCAUCGAGAGAGCGAGGAUGAAUCAUCAUCGACAGGAGUGCAGGUCGGAUGGGAUCAUCAUGAAGGAGGGAGCAUGCCGGCGGAAAUUGACGACAGUCGAGCUGAGGUGGACCAGGAUACGUCAACAGCUCAGGAGGUGACACGUGGCAUGGAAAACAGAAAGGUUGUGGAAGAUGACGAGGUUCAUGAAACCGGUGCUGCCGAUGGUUCUUCCAGAUCUGGUGUGAUGGAUGACGGUAGGAACUGUGACGACAGUGGAAAGCCUUGUGGAGGUGGCAAGGAUGUUGACGGCGGCAGCAGCAGUGCGGGUUGUGAUAGCAUGUGCAGCAGCAGCAGCACGGCAGAGGGAAAGAGCAUUGUGCACACAGGGAGGAGCGGUUUAUGCCUAGCAGUAUGUGGUCCUGUUCGAAAUGAUAUGCUGAAAGAGAAGUCUGAGAGAAAGCUAGUAGAUGGGUGGAAGGUGGUUGCGCCAGCGGGACUCGUUCCCAAGAACGUCGAUGAUUUUCUGCCAGCAAAUGCGUCUCGAGAAGAUGCUAAAGAACAGUCCCAAUCUGUGGGUUCUUCAGGGGCUCAGUCCCAUGAAGAUGGCACUUACGUAUGGUAUGCAAGCUACGGCUCCAACAUGAACUACGAUCGAUUUCACUGUUACAUCGAGGGGGGAAGGGUCGCAGGCAUGCGUUGGACAUGCAGUGGUUUAGAAGACCAAACGCCACCAGUCGGUGACAUCUGGAUUGAAGUUCCCCAUCACCUUUUCUUUGCAGGCGCCUCGAUGGGAUGGGGUGGUGGUGGCACUGCUUUCAUGGAUUUGCAGGCUUGCCCUCAUGGAUCCACAACCCUGAUGCACGCUUAUAAAAUCAAGCUGGAUCAGUUCAAUGGCGUCGUCGCGCAGGAGAAUCUGCUAUCCAAGACACCACCAGUAGAAUUGACUGUUCGCCACCUCAAAGUGUUGCGGGAAGGACCCCCUGCAGCUCCUCAUCACUCUUUGCAAGCCACUGAGGGUUCUAUUUACGGGACAGUGCGGUACCUGGGGGAGAAAGAUGGUUGUCCGAUCCUUACAUUCACAUGUCCCGUCUCCGUUAUGGAGGAGUUCUGUUUACAAAAGCUGAGCCUUCCUGGUGCAGAUUACCGGGAGUGCAUCGUCCAGGGGCUAAUGAAUGGUCUUGGAAUGACGCGAGGGGAUGCUGAAGAUUACGUGGCGAAACGCGCUGUGAGAUUGCUUGAUUAGGGAACAACAAGAAUGGAAGCCAAGCCAAGCCAAGAGAAGACGAGACAAAGCUAGGCUGCUAGGGUACAGGAGCAAUGGAAGACGAGAGAAGGCGAGGCUGCUAUCCAAGAAAGGUGUGAAAAGUGUGAAACAGUCGGCAUGAAACUGCAGGGGGGGGAAAAAAGCAAGUGAGAAGUGAAAGAGUCUGCACACACAGAGAGAGAGAGAGAGAGAGAGAGAGAGAGAGAGAGAGAGAGAGAGAGAGAGAGAGAGAGAGAGAUGCAACAGGCAGCAAGAGUCUGCACUACCUUGUUUUGAUAAGCGCCAGGCAUUACUCACACUAGCUCUAUCUGUAGUGUAUUUGACCGCAUUUACAGACGGACUGGAUGCAUCUGGCCAUAAUUAUGUCCAUUAAGAAGUUAAAAAACUGGCCAUAAUUAUGUCCAUUAAACCACCAGUACCUACCCCAUUUUCCGUACCCCCCGGGUUCGAAUGAAUUUGGACCGGAGGAACAGGCCAGUUCGGCUACCGCGUUCACGGCCGCCGCAUCCGGUAGGUACUGGUGGUUUAAGAAGUUGAAAAGCCCUAGUGUAAGUUUUCCCUAACCCCCCACAUGUAGGAGUGAAUUGGCAAAAGCGAUAGUGCAGCACAUGUCCAGUAUGGUGAUGAACAGAGCAGAUAACAUUGUGGAAAUUUCUUUGCUCGGGUAAACACCUGCUUAGCUCCCUAGGACUGGCAUUACAAGAGAGAGAGAGAGAGAGAGAGAGAGAGAGAGAGAGAGAGAGAGAGAGAGAGAGAGAGAGAGAGAGAGAGAGAGUUGUAACUACUCUGCAGUUUUACAUCUCCAGCCCAUCCUUGCAACUAUUCUGCAGCUACCUCUUCCAAGUUGCCAAAUAGUUGAGAGAGAGAGAGAGAGAGAAGAGAGAGAGAGAGAGAGACAGACAGACAGACAGACAGACAGAGCAAGGCAUGGGCACUUUGACGAGGUAGCUGCAGAAUAGUUUUACAUCUCCAGCCCACAUGGCAUGGUCCUCGGUUCAAGUCCAUGUGGGGAAGGAACGGAGACUCUUGCGGAGCUGAAUUUUUUACAUCUCCAGGAUGUAAGUUAGGGCGGGGGCAAGGACCCCUCAAGGGUUCUUAGUGGGCGGGGUGGGGGGGCAUAGCCCUGAAAUCUCCUCUCACUCCAUCCACUGUGGUCCUGAGUGUUUGUUUAGACAGGUUUGCACAGGUUGCAGAGCAAUAGCAUGGCGAGGACAGUCCCGUCCAAACAGGGGGUAGUGAAUUGAGUGGUGAAUGAUCAUUUAGAGUUGGGCCCAGGUUCUUUCUAUCCAUAUUGUCAUUUAACUCUACUUCAGCCUUUGAUC